AUGGCAUCGAUAAGACCAAUUGACAAAAAUCAAAUACAUCUGUCACAAAUAUUUGCUCUAAGCGAAUUCUCUAAUGAUCUUAGUAUUUCUAAAGUUGAAGCUAUUUUGAAUAACGGUUUUAAUGUGAAUUACGUAUUACCAGUUGACGAUUCAGUUAAUUAUGAAAAAACAAAACCUGACUUGCUAGGAUGUUCUGCGUUACAUUUUGUUGUUAAAAAUCCUUGGCUAAAUAGAGUAAAAAUUCUCGACUUGCUUCUGACCAAAGGCGCUGACUUUACUCACAAAAAUCACGAUGGACUUACUCCUUUGUGUUUACUUUUUUACAGAUUUGUAAUAAAUAACUUCAUGUACGAGUAUUCAGCAUGUGAAGCUAUGAUCAACCGAUUACUACUUGCUCAUUAUGAAUCCAACAAUACAAACAAUCCCCAUUGUAAAAAUGGAAUAUCUCAUUUUCACAUAGCAUGCAUUGCUAAAAAUGUCAAGAUGGCUAAAUUCUACUUGGAAGCUGGAGUUCCUGUCAAUCUAGCUAUUCACAAGACUUCAAAAAUCAUCCCUGGAUUCACACCACUACAUAUUGCCAUCAGAAACAAAGACAUAGACAUGAUUCGCUUGCUUUUAGAACAUGGCACAGAUUACACCUGUUUGAAUGCCAAUGGUAUGAGUAUUUUACAUUUGCUCAGUGAUGAACAUUGUCAUGACGAUUUCUUUACAAAAAUUAAUGAACGCUAUGAUAAUGAAGCAUUAAAAAAUAGUCAUAUAUUAGGUUUCCUGUUACAACUAAGCACCAACGAUUUCAAUCCCCUUGAUCAAAUAGGCUUUACAAAAUUGCAUAUGUAUUGCAUAAGACAUGAUAACGCAGAAACACUGGAAGACCUACAAGGGUAUUUAAAAAGAGAUGACAAUAUUAAUGCAACUGUUAGCAAAGAUUCACCUUUAUGGCCAGGUUACAGUCCACUGCACUUUGCUACUCACUGCAGAAAGAAAAUGAUACUGCUUCUGAAAAAUGGUGCGGAUUUUUUGGCUAAAGAUGCAAACGGCAUUAGCCCACUUGAUUUUUGCAUCAAGAACAAAUGUAAACUUAUUAGCAUUAGCUGCAUUUUAAAGAAUUACAGUGCUUUAAAUCCUGUUCAAUCUCGGAAUACCAUUUUAAUUGACUUCUUGCGUGCUUUGAAAACAACAGAUUCGUUGAGUGAAUAUUUAAACAAAGUCAAUGUCAAUACUGCCAUCCCGUGCAACUCGCUCUUAUGGCCAGGCUAUACUUUACUACAUUUAGCUGUAGUCUUAUCAGAUGACUUUCACAGAAAAAAAGUCAACUUAUGUUUGAAGGAAGGUGUUGACAUUACGGUGAAAGAUGCCAAUGGUUUAACUGCGCUUGAACUUGCUUUUCAGAUGAAAAAGACAGGCCAUGUUAGUGCUAUUUUAGAAGCCUAUGCCGAUGAUUCUCACGAGAUAGACAAACAAAACAUAAAACUCUUUCAUAUAGCGUGUGCAUACAGAAAUGAGGUGGUAGUGAAAAAAUUUUUAUCCGCUGGAUUGGAUCCCGACACACCUUUACCAGAUGAUUUUAAAAUCCUUUUGAAAUCAUAUCACGACGGUAAUCAGAAAGGACCUUUAAACUUGGGCCAUACCCCUCUCCUGAAUGCAGUUUAUGAUUUUUGGUCCAAAGAUUUGGCUAAAUUGCUCCUUGAGUUCAAAGCUGACCCUCACAUUGUUGAUGCUGAUGGUUUUACAUGGAUACAUCGGUCAUUCUUUGGUUUCAACUCUUACCAUGACAGUCGAAAUUUAUUGCUGCCACAUAUCAAAGCAAAAAAAUCAAAUCUCAUAGCUCCUGGUGGAUUGUCUUAUCUACACAUAGCCUGUUACGCUGGUACCACAUCAAUAAUUAAAAGCUUGUUGACAUCCAAAAAUGUAAAUGAACCAAUCACCAGUGAAUUGUUAAAGUACAUUAAACAUCCCCUCGGUUUCAUCAGUGUAGGAGAUACACCGCUUCACUUUGCUGUCAAAGGUGGUAAUGAAAAAAAUGUCAUGUUUCUCUUGAGUAAUGGUGCAAAUGCAGGAGCAAAAAACGCUGAUAGCCUUACUCCACUGCAUGUUGCCUUGACCAGCACUAGGUGUAGACUCAAAACUAAUCUAGUUAUAAAACGUCUAUACGAAAAGUCUUGCAGAAAAUGCAAUGUUGAUGAAGUAGGGUUUACCCCGUUACAUGUAGCCUGUGCUCAGCAAGACGCAGCUUGGAUAGAUAAGUUGCUCAGAGAUGGAGGAGACAUAGAUAGUCAGAUUAAUUCUGAUUCCCCAAUAUGGCCUAGUUAUACUCCUGUAGAUAUCAUUAGUAAUAAGUAUUUUUAUGAAAAAAAUGUCAAUGCCAUCAAUGUUCUACUCAGUCAUAUUGUCACAAAGGUUGAAAACUCUACGUUUUCUGUUCAGGUUUUACAUGCAAUUACUAAAAUGCCCUACUUAACUCAGUCACAACCAAAACGUCGAAAGAUAACUUCAUCAAAGGACUCCAAGGACACUUUCGAUACAAAACUAUUACUAUUUGCUUUCCACAAUAAGUGUAUGGGGAGACAAUAUGACGUCGUUGAAAAAUUGAUAAAAUUAGGUGUUGAUGUUAACGCACCUAAGAACUGUUUUACAGUAUGUGAUGCUGGCUAUACUCCAUUACAUUUCGCUGUUAAAUAUGGAAGCAAAAAUGUGAUUGAGGUUUUAGUACAACACGGAGCUGAUGUUACUUUAGAGGAUCCGCAAGGAUACACUCCUCUGCAUCUUGCUGCAGAAAAGUUUCCAGAUAAACUUGAAAUACUCCUAAGAUACCAAGGUCAUCAAUUAUUUUGA